GUUUGAUCUUAGCAAUUGGUGCAUUUUCUUUUGGUAAAAAAUAAUGUAAUCAUUUUUGUGAGGGAGAAAAGGCUCAAUUACCACUCAGGUAGAAGAACGAGAAAAAAUGUGUGGAAACAUACCACUCAUUUUCCUUUUAUGGACAUCCCUCCUUCUCAUUUUGCCCUGUGUUUAUAAUGGUGCCAAGAUCCUGGUUUUCCCCAUUGAUGGCAGUCACUGGGUGAACAUGGAGGUGCUGGUAAAGAAGCUGCAUUCUCAUGGACACCAGCUGAGUGUGAUUCAUCUGGAAGAUAGCUGGUUCAUUCAGGAGAGCUUGCCUUACUACACCUCUAUUACAGUGAAGCUCAAAGAGAAAGAGAUAGGCCUGGACCUGUUCGAAAAUGCGGUACAAAGAAUCCUGGAGGGAAACAGGAAGGGGUCAAUGAUGGGGGCGCUGGUCCAGAUCUCUGAAUUGAUUGGCAUCCUGCAGGUGGCUCACAAAGCAACCUGUUCCAUGCUCACCACCAUGCUGGAGAACAAAGCUCUGAUGACACAAAUAAAGGAGGCAAACUAUGACUUGAUGCUCACUGACCCUGGCACGCCUGGUGGGGUUAUCUUGGCACAUUACCUUCAACUGCCAAUGGUGUAUAAUGUCCGUUGGAUGAGUUUUGGAGAGUGUCACUUCUCCAUUGCACCCUCUCCAAUCUCCUAUGUGCCUGUGCCUGGUUCAGGUCUGACGGAUCGCAUGGGACUGUUAGAGAGGAGCCGGAAUCUUCUGCAUUAUGGGCUGAACCUCAUGCUGGAACGUUGGCUGGUCAUCCCCAUGUACACCAACUUGUUACUCAACUACUUCCCUGCUAACGCUGACCUCAUUACUAUGCAACAUUCAGCAGAGCUAUGGCUCGUGCGUGUAGACUUUGUAUUUGAGUUCCCACGACCUUCAAUGCCAAACCUGGUCUAUAUUGGUGGCUUCCAGUGUUGUCCGUCCAAGCCUCUCCCAGCCGAGCUUGAAGAGUUUAUGCAGAGUUCAGGGGAACAUGGUGUGGUUGUAAUGUCUCUGGGAACUCUAAUUGGAGCAUUUCCCAAGGAGCUAAUGGAAGCCAUUGCCACAGCUUUUGCCCGUAUCCCUCAGAAGGUGGUUUGGAGGGUUACUGGCGAGAAACCAUCAUCACUAGGCAAUAACACCCUACUUCUUCAAUGGAUACCACAGAAUGACUUGCUGGGCCAUUCAAAGACCCGUGCUUUCGUGGCUCAUGGGGGCACCAAUGGUCUGUAUGAAGCCAUCUAUCAUGGGGUGCCAGUUCUGGGACUACCUUUGCUAUUUGAUCAGCUAGAUAAUAUAGUACGUCUUCAGGCGAGAGGUGCUGCACGAAUGCUAGAUGUGGCCACGUGCACUUCAGAAGAAUUCCUGGAAGCUCUGAGCGAUAUCUUAGAGAACCCGGCAUAUCGUCAGAACAUGCGGAGGCUCUCCGAGCUACACCGAGACCAGCCUCAGCAUCCCCUUGACAAAGCAAUGUUCUGGAUUGAAUUUGUCCUGCGCAAUAAAGGUGCGACCCAUCUACACGCUGAGGCCUACAACAUGCCCAUGUCCUCCUACUACUGUCUAGAUGUGGCUGCAUUGGUUCUCUUUGUAAUUCUGUUGACUCACAGGGUUGUCUACACAAUCUGGACACAACGACGAAGAGGAGAGAUAAACAAGGCAGUGAAAGACAGCAACAAUAAAGCUAUAAAAGAAAGCAGUAAGAUCCUGAAAGAGACCAUUUAUAUUCUGAAAGAGAGCAAUAUGAUUUCGAAAGAAAGCAAUAACAUUCCAAUUCCGAAACUAAGAGCAAGCAAAAAAAGAAUUCAGUGAAUAGGCAAGGAAUUCAGAGAGCUAUAUACAGUAUUCUAUUAUUCCCUCUUCUUUUUCUGUUUUUAUUUCUUUGUUUUUCCUUAUUUCAUUAACUUUCUUUCUUUCUUUAUCAAAUUCCCCUGUUUCUUUCCUUAUUUCUUUGUUUUCCCUGGCAAGACUAAACUGUAUGCUUGUGAUUAGGUGCAGAUCACUUCCUGGAAUCCUUAAAGUUUCUUGUAAUCCCCACUUUUGCUCAACAAUGCAUUUAACCCUCAGAGACCCAAGCAUUUAUGUAUAUUGAUGGAAAAAAAAAUCCUCCCUGAAAGUGUUUUUAAGGAACCCAGUGGUUAUAUAUUUAUAUAUUUUUCUUUUGGGUGAAUUUUGGAAAUAAACAUUGCAAAAUUGCAAUGUUGGGCAUUCAGAGUUGCAAUAUUUCACCACUGUUUUUAAGAUGGUAAGUUGAAGUUCUGAAUUAACAACACAAUUCAAAACACAAAAGUAAAUGACAAAUAAUUUAUUACUAGCAGUAAGGGUAAAUGAACAGUUAAGAAAUUUGAUUUUUGCAACUAAUUAGGGCUAUUGAUAUUGAUUAAAUAUUUGCUGGUAUAAUCUAAAUAAUAAUUUAAAAAACUCUAUUCAUGUACCAUGAAUACCAUAAACAAAGAUUUUUAAAUAAUGGAAUAGCUUAAAAUAAUUUGGAAUGGUUUAACUAUGAUUUACUUAAUAGGCUGCAUAUGUAAUAUUUGAAAAAAAUAUUUACUUGAAAAAUAGCUAAAUGUGUUCCAUAAGUGUUAGCAAUUAAGUCAACCAACAGUUAAAUUUUUGUGUGACUUUAUCAAGAUCAGACAGUUAAUAUGCACAUUUUUCCCACCAAAAUUGUUGUUUAGAAUGUCAGCUAUUGUUAUGUGUAGUUUUAACCCAUAUUUAAUGAAUAUUAAAUAUUAUUUAGUUGCUUUAAAUAAAAGUUGCAAUUCUGUUGUGGGUCUCUGAGGGUUAUUCUAGCUCAUCUGGUAUAAUGUAACUCAAGUGCAAGAUUUAAAUGAAUUGUUUAAGCCAGGCUGUAUAAGUCGAAAGACAGUCAGCCUGUUUACAAUAUGACAUCCAGCUUCACUAAGCAGAUCCACAGUGGUAUGUUGAAAGCUUGCAGAAAAUCUAUUUACAGUUAUAAGCAUGUGUAGUUUCAGAAAUUUGAAUCUGUUAAAUCUGAUUGUAACCACUUAUUUCAUUAUGUAAAACAUGGUUAAUUAAUGAUUGUUAAUGUACAACCAGUUAUCAAAAUAAAAACAUUUA